AUGACAGUAGUUCUAAUGGAAGAUUCAACACAAGGAAAUGACAAGGUUCAGGGAAAAGGUACCGAAAAAUAUGAGAAAUGGACGUCGGAAGAAAGCAAUGAGCUUUUAAAACUCAUGGUUGAUGUUGCCGCACGUGGUUGGCGUGAUAGUAAUGGUCUGUUGAGCAAGAUAACUGUAGAAAAACAUAGACUUCCUCAUCUUAACCAAAAACUUGGGGUUGAAAAGACUUAUGCCCAAUAUAAAAGUCGUGUGAAAUGGUUUAAAAAGCACUACAACAAGUAUUCUAAGCUUAUGUGUCAUAACUCUGGGUUCGGAUGGGAUCAUGUGACGAAGAAAUUCACUGCUAGUGAUGAAGUAUGGGACGAUUACUUUAUGUCACAUCCCAAAGAUAAAAGUUAUCGCACAAACACUUUUCCAGACUAUGAGGAUUUGAGAAUUGCAGUUGGAAGUGGGACAGCUGUUGGGACACACUCAAUUGCAUUAGGGGAUGAUACUGAUGCAAGAACUUUUUAUACUGAAGAAAGAAGAGUUAUUGACAGUUUAAUAGAUGACUUCAUGCAUGAUCCUGAUACUGAAACAUUUAUAGUAAGCAAUAAGCAAGAUUUUAUAAGUUCGGAGGUUUCCUCACCAAUUCGAAAACGAAGUAGAACAUAA